UAACAAGUCUUUGAUGAGCGAAGAAACCAAAAGACUCUCUUCUCUCUUUGUCUGCAUCAUCAUCAUCAUCUGACCCUAGGGUUUCCUUUUCUUCUUCUACUACUGCUAGGAGGAGUCUUCUUCAUCUGACUAUAAUUGGAGAAUGUGUGACAGUGUAUUGUUGAUAGAUUAAAAAGAGAAUUUAUAUUUGUAUGGCGACUGAGAGUCCCAUGAGAAUGGUGGAAAACACUAAAUGGCCGUCAAAGGAGGCUUCGUUUGCAUCAACAUCACAUAAUAUGGCUGCUGAGGAAUUAGGAAUGCUUCUGAGUGGUCAUAGAGGAAAUGGGAGGGAGGGAACAGUUCCUAAUAGAAGUGGAAGUGCUCCUCCGAGCAUGGAGGGUUCAUUUGCAGCUCUAGGGAAUCUUAUAAAUCAGCAGAAUCCCAAUUUGGAUGCAAGCUUGGGGAAUUUGAGUAACAUUAGUGGACAAUUCGAAUCCGAGGAACAAUUCCGUGCCGAUCCAGCUUACUUGGCAUAUUACUUUUCUAAUGUCAACUUGAAUCCAAGACUUCCUCCACCUCUCGUGUCAAGGGAAAACAGACGUCUAGUACGACAUAUUGGUGGUUAUGGAAAUAACCGGAAAUUGACUUCUUUAGAUGACAGUGCAAACGGAUCCUUGCAUUUACCUGGAGGGGCACUUUCUCCUCAUAAGGAGGAGGAGCUUGAGGACGACAGAUCACCUCCAUCUGGUGAUUACUUUACAGGGGAGUUUGCCACUUCUUUGUCAGCGCGCCAUAAAAGCUUGGUUGAUCUCAUUCAGGAAGACUUUCCCCGUACUCCUUCUCCUGUAUAUAAUCUUUCUCGCUCAUCAGGUCCUGUAGGGACAGAGGAGUCAACUGAUCAUGACUCACAUGACCCUUCUAUUGAGACUAAGUUAGCGGAGUUGAAUGUUAAGUCUGGUGGCACUGAUGUAGUUUCAGCUAGUUUAGGUGUUACUGGAGUGGGGCUGGUACCAACUAGUGACACAUCAACUGCUCCUAUAAGUCCCGACAGGAGUGGAAGCUCACACUCUGCGCCAAAAGGGAAGUCUAGUAGUGUAGAUAUUACCUCUCCGGAAGAAGAUAGGUUGGUUGGUGGUCCGAUUGGAUCAGAUAUAAGCUCUAUUGAAUCUGAAAUGAAGGGUUUUAACAUAUCUAACUUACCCAAUGCGGAGGACCACAAAAAUCAGCAAAGAUGGCAGCAUACUCAGCAAAGUAGUUUGCAUCAGCGUCAAUUUCGUUCACAUCAAGGUGGUACUUCCUAUCAAGUUCAAGGGAUGCAGUCUCAAAUUGCAACUCAGGGCUUGAACAAUCUGUACAAUGGUGCAGAUCAACUGCAUCAUGGUCAACCCAAGUUCUCUUCUAUUGAUGUUCAGCCUGUAUUCCAGCCCUCUGGCAUUAGCCCUUCCCUGUAUGCGACUACAACAGCUUACAUGGCUUCACCUAAUCCAUUUUACCCAAACAUGCAACCAUCAGGCUUGUUCGCUCCACCAUUCGGUGGAUAUGCUUUGAACACCGCACUUUUUCCUCCAUAUAUAGCUGGGUACCCUCCUCAUAAUGCUAUGCCUAUGGCUUUUGACACUACUGGUGGCACAGGUUUUAAUACUCGUAGUUCUGGGGGUCCGACGGGGGGAAGCAUUGCUCCUGGAGUCGACUUGCAAGACCCAUACAAGUUCUAUGGACAAUUAGGGUUAACAAUGCCAUCUUUCAGUGAUCCUCUUUAUAUGCAUUACAUCCAGCAUCCUCCUGAGAACGCAUAUAGUAGAUCUGAUCAAUAUGAUCAGAUGGCAACCAGGAGUGGGCUUACUGGCAGCCAUUCGCUUAGAGGGCCUACCGCAGCUGCUGCAUAUACUGCUGAUCAGCAGAACCUGUAUCAAAGAAAUGGAGGUUUAAGCAUUCCAGAUCCUAGAAAGAGUGGGGUCGUUAGCCCAAAUUAUUAUGGGAGUCCUCCAAGCAUGGGUGUUCUCAUGCAAUUCCCUACUUCACCUCUACCUAGUCCUGUAAUGCCAGGUUCUCCAGUGGGUGGGAUGAGUCCUGCUGGACGGAGGAACGAUAUGCGGUUUUCACCUAGUUCCAGUAGAAAUCAGGGAGUAUUUUCUGGUUGGCCAGGGCAAAGGGGAGCUGAAAGAUUUGAUGACCCCAAAACAUACUCUUAUCUUGACGAGCUGAAAUCCAGUAAAUCCCGAAAGUUUGAGCUCUCUGACAUUGCUGGUCGUAUUGUUGAGUUCAGUGCUGAUCAACAUGGAAGUCGGUUUAUUCAGCAGAAGUUAGAAAACUGCGGUACAGAAGAAAAGGCAUCAGUCUUUCAAGAAGUUCUUCCCCAUGCUUCUAAACUAAUGACCGAUGUAUUCGGAAAUUACGUUAUUCAAAAGUUUUUUGAGCAUGGAAGCGCUGAGCAGAGAAAAGAACUUGCAAAUCAACUUGUUGGCCACAUUUUGCCUUUAAGUCUUCAGAUGUAUGGAUGUCGUGUAAUACAAAAGGCACUUGAAGUUAUCGAGCUUGAUCAAAAAACACAGCUUGUUUAUGAGCUUGAUGGAAACGUUUUGAGAUGUGUGCGUGAUCAGAAUGGGAAUCAUGUUAUACAGAAAUGUAUUGAGUGUGUUCCAACUGACAAAAUUGGAUUCAUAAUUAACGCAUUUCGUAAUCAAGUUGCAACACUAUCUACACAUCCUUAUGGUUGCCGUGUUAUUCAGCGAGUUCUGGAGCACUGUACUGAUGAGCAGCAAAGUCAGAUCAUAGUGGAUGAGAUUUUGGAAUCUGCUUGUGCCCUAGCACAAGACCAAUAUGGAAACUAUGUCACCCAGCAUGUUCUGGAGAGAGGAAAGUCACAUGAAAGAAGCCAAAUUAUUAGCAAAUUAGCAGGGCAAAUUGUCACUCUGAGCCAGCAUAAAUUUGCAUCUAAUGUUGUCGAGAAGUGCUUGGAGCACGGUGAUGCUGCUGAAAGAGAUAUAUUGAUUGAGGAGAUCGUUGGACAGACUGAAGGAAAUGACAAUCUAUUGAUUAUGAUGAAGGAUCAGUUCGCCAAUUAUGUGGUCCAGAAGGUUCUUGAAACAUGUACGGAUACGCAAAGAGAAAUAUUGCUUAGUCGAGUAAGAAGUCAUCUUCAUGCUUUGAAGAAAUACACUUACGGAAAGCACAUUGUUCUUCGAUUUGAACAAAUGUUUGGCGAAGAACUUGAAGACCCUGAAACAUAACAAGUGGACCACCAAGACUUUGCAGAGUCGCAUGCAAAUAUUAUUGCGACUGUACAAUACAUGACUUUUGAACCUUUCUGACAUUUGAAAGGAAAAUAACAUAUGCCAGGAGUUCUCAGAGUUCAACUGUUAUUAUCCUGGGACAGGGCUAUUGAAUACCCUUGAAAAAUGUGUGGUACAACUAGGUGGGAAGGUCAUCCUGUAAGUAGCUCCUUAAUGCUUGUAAAAUAAUUAGUAAAUAUUAGUAGAUGUGUAUUAUAUCUGACUGAAUUAUAUCUAUAUAUAUAUGUAUGUAUUGGUCGAUUGUAAAGGUUUUUAAGUGUUUUUAAGUUUACGGUAAUGAUGCUGUAGUUGACUAAAAUAGGAGGGGUCUGAAUAAUGCUCUUCCUUUAGGGUUUUCUUUGAAUUGUGAAGUUACAGGAUUUGCUUGUGUUGCUUUUGAUACAAAGUGAUUUAACUGGGUUUAGUGAGACGAUAUGUUUUAAUUUGUUUGCUGUUA